CGAGGAAGUCACCAAGCCCACCUUCGACAUGAGUGACCUCAGGUGAUUACGGGACGGUUUAUUUAGCCUUAAAGAACUUGAAUCAGAUCCUUUCGCGUUGUUGCGCAGGACACGAAGUGAUUUUGAUAGUUUUUCCAGGAUUCACGCGGUUUUUCGGACGCGUUCCGUGCGCAGAGGCGCCGCUGGAGAAUAAAAAAAGGACUUUGCGCAAACGAACGCCACAUCUCUGUACCACCAUGAGUUAGAUUAAACAUUUUCACCAACUUGAGACACACAUAAAGCACUUUUUUUUAGACAACGGGAGUCCUUAACUGGAAGUUUUCAUGCAGGACGCAUGGAGGAUCCGGUGUAAAGGUGCUCGAAGGAUGCCGUCUGGUCCCGGGUUCAGGACAUCUGGCUGUUGGAUGCUGCAGUUUGUCCCUCACAUCUGAGAGCCAUGGCUUCUGAGGUGGUGUGUGGUCUGAUCUUCAGAGUGCUGUUGCCAGUGUGUCUGGCGGCAGCAUGUCUGUUCAGGUACAAUGGACUGUCCUUCAUCUACCUCCUCUACCUCCUCCUCAUCCCUCUGUUCCCCGAACCCUCCAGUAUAACCAUGCAAGGUUACACUGGACACUUGCUGAAGUCUUUAUGCUUCUGCAGUAUGACCUUUCUCUUCAUCCACAUCGUCUAUCAAAUCACCAUCCACAGUUUGCUGGCUGCAAACUCUAUCGAUUCUGAAUUCAACUGUUCAGCGUGGGAGAAGUCAAUACGACAGAUUGGUUUUGAGAGUGUUAUUGGUGCAGAUGCGGGCAAUGGUAUCCGAGUCUUCCUGCCGGACAUUGGGAUGUUCAUGGCCAGUCUGUCCGUGUGGCUGCUGUGCAGAAAGCUGGUCCACAAGCGUCCCAGUGAAGAAAUGGCGCAGGACAACCAUGACUUUGAGCCCGAGGAGAAGGAGGAGGAUGACGAGAAAGUGGAAGAUGAUGAGGAGGAGGAGGACGAGAUGCUCUAUGACGAGGACUUUGAUGCAGAAGACGAGGCAGAGGAAGAGGAUGUGGACGGAGGAGGUCUGGAGGAGGAAGAGGAGGAGGAGGAGGAGGAGGUGCAGGAGAGCACAAAGAUGAAGAUUCUGCGCAGAGUUGCAGGAGUCGCAAAUAAACUCAAAGAGAUCAUCGGUAACCUCAUCACAACCGCUGGACAGGUGGUGGUCACCAUUCUCCUGGGAUUAACAGGUGUCACGCUGCCCUCUCUGAGCUCAGCCGUCUACUUCUUUGUGUUUUUGGGGCUGUGCACGUGGUGGUCGCUCUGCAAGACCUUCGACAAGCUGCUCUUCAGCUGUCUGUGUGUCCUCAUGGCCAUCUUCAGUGCUGGACAUCUCAUCAUACUUUAUUCCAACCAGUUCCAGUUCCUGCAGGAGGCCAUCAGCCUCAACGACAGCUACACCAGUGUGUUUGGCAUCUCCUCCAUUGUUCGGACCGACUGUUCCUCGACCUGGAAGCUUGCUGUCAACAGUGGUCUGAGCUGGCACCAUUUCGUCAAUCCCAUCAUGCUCUUGGUCCUGUACUACACACUGGCCACCUUGAUCCGUCUGUGGCUGCAAGAUCCCAUGAUCAUGCAAGAGAGUGAGGAAGAGGAGAUAAACGAGGGAAAUGAGACCGCGGGAAACAGCUUCGUUCACUCGUUGAUUGGGAAGCGGCUGCUCUGGUGGAAAGCGCAUCAGAAAACCGAGGAAAGAAAUCUAAUCUCCACUCAGGACGGGUACAGCACCUCGGAGGUAGCGGUGAUAAACUCAAAUGGGACGUCAUUUGAUUAUGUCUCCGCUGUGCCCAUUGACAACGGACCGGUCAGUCUGGACAUUUACUCAACUCCUCAGUACAAAGUGGACCAGCCUGUCGAAUUCGAAGAGAAGACGGAUGAAAACACGAAUGAGAUCUUGGACUCACAGCUGGAGGAGGAAGAGGAGAAGACAGAUGCAGAAGAGGAAGAGGAAGAAGAGGAGGAAGAGCAGGGUGGACCACCAGGAGCUCUUGUGAAAGUGUUCAAGUUCAUUAUGAAGCAGAGCUACAUCUGUGCUCUUAUUGCUAUGAUGGCGUGGAGUAUAACGUACGUGAGCUGGCUGACGUUUGUCUUUCUGCUGUGGUCCUGUACUCUGUGGAUGGUGCGUGACCGGAGGAAAUACGCCAUGAUGACCUCGCCGUUCAUGGUGGCCUAUGGGAACCUCCUGUUGGUCCUUCAGUAUAUCUGGUGUUUUGAGCGCUUGGAUCCAGUGCCGGGUUUCUUUCUGAAGAUGGAGGUGCCCUUCACUGAACUGAGCACCAAGGUUCUGUGUCAGCUGAGUUUCUGGCUUCUGCUCAGACAAACUUUGAUGGAGAGACAACAGAAGAUGGAAGAAGAAGCAGCUCUUUGUGACGUCCAAAUAGAUGAGCAGAAAAAAGAGGAAGAAAAAGAGCAAGAGGAAGAGGAGGGGGACGAGAACGACCUGAUGCAUGUGAUUGGGAAACUAGUGAUGGCUCUGCUGGUGAAAUACUGGAUCUAUGUUUGUGGAGGAAUGUUCUUCUUCGUCAGCUUCGAAGGAAAGAUGGUCAUGUACAAGAUUAUCUACAUGAUGAUGUUUCUGUCCUGCGUGGCUCUUUAUCAGGUGCAUUAUGAAUGGUGGCGCAGGAUCCUGAAGUACUUCUGGAUGUCUGUGGUGAUGUACACCAUGCUAGUGCUCAUCCUAAUCUACACCUGUCAGUUUGAGAACGCCAUCGCUACCUGGACCAGAAUGACGGGGAUAAGAGAAGAAGGACUGAAAGCCAUGGGUCUGGAGAAGUACAUCCUCUCUGAUCUGUUCACCCGUAUCUUCAUCCCCACGUCCUUCCUGCUGGUCUGCAUCCUGCACCUGCAUUACUUCCACGACCGCUUCCUGCAGCUCACCGAUCUCAAAGCCGUCAUCAGCAAAGAGCAGAGCACCAUUUACAGACUGGCUCAUCCUGACGGGAGUCUGGCGGAUCUGACGAUGAUGAGCACAUCUCCAGAGCCGCUGCUGAAGGAGGAGAAGGAGAGAGAGUCCAUGGACAAGGUGCUGGUCGUGGACUGUGUGGAGGAGGAGGAGAAGAAGAAAGAGUCUCUGUCCAUUCAUUCAGCUCAUCUGUCCAGUCAGGAGGACAUUCAGCAGUUCAGUGCCACCACAGAUCCAGAACUGCCCUCAGAACAGAGCUCAGACCUCAAGAAUAAAUGGCACUUGGUGGUGGACCGGCUCACGGUCCUGUUCCUCAGGUUCCUGGAGUACUUCCACAAGCUAAAGCUCUUCAUCUGGUGGCUCCUGGAGAUGCACAUCAUCAAGAUCGUGUCCACUUACAUCAUCCUGCUCUCUGUUAAAGAGGUUUCGCUGCUGAACUAUGUGUUUUUGAUCUCAUGGGCGUUUGCGCUGCCGUAUCAGCAGUUUCGAGUUCUCGCUUCCAGCAUUUGCACCAUCUGGACAUGUGUCAUCAUCGUCUGCAAGUUGUUUUAUCAGCUAGAGACCAUCAGACCUGAUAACUACUCAAGUAUUUGUACUAUGCCAUUCAAUUACACAGAAAAUCAAAAGAUGGAUAUGAAUUAUUCCCUACUGUACCGGAAGCCUGUGGAUCCGGCAAACUGGGUCGGUCUGGAGAAGUUUGUUGAUAUACUGCCCAACCUGAGGAAUAACUUGUUGAUGUUGGCCAUCUUGGCGUUUGAAGUCACCAUUUACAGACACCAGGAGUUUUUCCGUCUGAGAAACAAACUCUCUCCUCCUCCGUCUCGGACCAUCUUUCAUGACAUCACCCGGCAACAUCUCGACUACAGCAUCGUCAACUGCGCCAAAUACUUCAUCAACUACUUCUUCUACAAGUUUGGUUUAGAGGUGUGUUUCCUGUUGGCGAUCAAUGUGAUGGGUCAGCGGAUGGAUUUCUACUCCAUGCUGCACGGCUUGGCUUUGGCUGUGGUGAUGUACAGACGCAGGCGGAAAGCCAUCGCUGAGAUCUGGCCCAAAUACUGCUGCUUCCUGGCCUGCAUGAUCACCUUCCAGUACUUCAUCUGCAUUGGAAUCCCACCGGCUGCUUGUAAAGAUUAUCCCUGGAGGUUUCCUGGUUCCAUGAUGGAUUCUGACGUUAUUAAAUGGCUUUACCUUCCUGAUUUCCACACUCAGCCCAACUCCAUGUUCCUCGUCUAUGACUUCAUGCUGCUGCUGUGUGCGUCGCUGCAGAGGCAGGUGUUUGAAGAUGAAAACAAAGCUGCGGUUCGUCUGAUGGCGGGAGAUAACGUGGAGAUCUGUCGAGACCUGGACGCGGCGUCCUUCAGCGUUCACAACCCAGUACCAGACUUCAUUCACUGCAGGUCGUACCUGGACAUGCUGAAGGUGAUCAUGUUUAGCUACCUGUUCUGGUUCGUCCUGACCAUCAUCUUCAUCACGGGCACGACUCGGAUCAGCGUCUUCUGCAUGGGUUACCUGGUGGCGUGUUUUUACUUCCUGCUCUUUGGUGGCGAUCUCUUGCUCAAGCCAAUCAAGAAGAUCCUCCGUUACUGGGAUUUCCUCAUAGCUUACAAUGUCUUCGUCAUCACAAUGAAGAACGUGUUUGCUAUUUUGGCGUGUGGUUAUAUCAAGCAUUUGGUGAAGAAUAGCUGCUGGUUGGUUCAGCUGCUCAGUCUUGCCUGCACCAUAAAAGAAUACAAAGCUCUUGAAGGCGUGUCUUUAGAUGGAUGUGAGGUGCCGAGGGACGAGGCUGGGAUUAUUUGGGACAGUAUCUGCUUUACGUUCCUCCUGCUGCAGAGACGUGUCUUCAUGAGCUACUACUUCCUGCAUGUGGUCGCAGACAUCCGCGCCGGACAGAUUCUCGCAUCUCGAGGAGCAGAGCUGUUUCAGGCCAGCAUUGUGAAGGUCGUGAGAGCUCGUCUGGAGGAGGAGAAGAGAUCCAUGGAGCAACUGAAGAGACAGAUGGAUCGUAUUAAGACGCGGCAGCAGAAGUUCAAGAGAGGAAAGGAGAAGAUGCUCAGCAUGGCUCAGGUGUCUGGAGACGAGCAGAAACUCGUCCAACCUGACGACAACGAAGACGAUGACGAUGAGAAAAAGAAAAACAAGGUGCAAAAAAAGCAGUGGUGGAGGCCUUGGGUUGACCAUGCGUCCAUGGUGAGAAGUGGUGAUUAUUACCUGUUUGAAACUGACAGUGAAGAGGAAGAGGAAGAGGAGGAGAAAAAAGAAGAAGAACUGCCCAAGAGAUCAGCCUUCCUGUUUGUGUAUCACACCUGGAUCGCUGACUCUAAAGCAGCCCUGAAAGAAAGAGGCAAAGGGAGACGUCAUUUCUGGAAGCGAUACGGCCGCAGACGUAGAAAAGACAAGAAAGACGGUCAUGUGGCGAUAGAGAUCGGUGAAGAAGAUCGUCAGAGUUCAGAGGAAGACAAAACGGACGGACCAGACAACAUCAUCAAGAGGGUCUUCAACAUCAUCAAGUUCACCUGGGUGCUGUUUCUGACCACCGUUGAGAGCAUCACCAAGUGGCUGAACUCCGUCUGCAGAGAAUACAUCGACAUCUCCACCGUUCUGCGCAUCGAGCGCUGCAUGCUGACCAGAGAAGUCAAGAAGGGAAACGUGCCGUCCCGCGAAAGCAUACAUGUGUACUACAAGAAGCAGAUGAAACUGAACGGAUCUCGUGAAUCUGGACUGGACCGGAUCAGUGAGGAGGACUCCUGCUCGAACAGAGCGCGCCGCAGACGAGUCGAUCACAGUCUGGAUUCCUUCGCUUCCAGAGACAGCAUGUCCAGCGCAUACACCGAAGCCACCAUGCUGAUGUCCUGUCAGUCCACUCUGGAUGACUUAGACGACAUGCCUCAGAAUAUUCCCAAAACCAGCGAACGCGCUCGUCCCAAGCUACGCAAAAUGUAUGGUCUGGACAUGUCCAACUCCUCUGCGGACAGUGGAAGCAGCGUCAUGUCCAGUGAAGCUACUCAGUGCAUCACACUGUUCUCUCGGCAAGGAACCAACGACACUAUAGACGAGGUCGAGGACGAGAAAGAACAGGUGCAGGUGAAAGAGGACGAAACCGCUGAGACUGUUGAGGACAAACCUGAGAGAGCAGAUCACGAGGAACUGAAAGAGGAAGAAGUGAAACAGGAAGCAGCCAAUGAGCUGGAAGAGGAAGAGACACAGGAAGUGACAGGUGAGCUGCCAGAAGAAGAGAGGCAGGAAGAGACCGAUGAGCCAGAAGAGGAAGUGACACAAGAAGGGACAGAUGAGCUAGCAGAAGAAGAGAAGCAGGAAGCGACAGAUGAGCCGGCAGAGGAAGCUACAGGAGAUGUGGAAGAGGAAAUCCAAUGGGAUUUAGUGGAUCCAGAGGAAGCAGUUGAAGAUGUUCAGGCUCCUCAGCUGGAUUGUGAGGAGCAUCGAGAGGAAGAGCAGUACAUUACUGAAGAUGAGGACGGUGAACAGCCGAUCCGACAGGACGAGGGCGAAUCAUCAGGACUGGAGAACGUGGUCAGCGGACAGCUUUUCACCCCGGACACAGACGCCCCCAACACCUCGGACGCUGACGUGCCGCCCAGCUACAGCAAAGCCGUGAGCUUCGACCGUCUGUCUGUGAGCUCGGACGAAAGUGACAGUGACAAACGGCUGAUGCUGAUGACGCCCGACAGCAGAUCCGAUCUGGACGACCCUCUGCUGCCCUCCAUGACCACCGAUCUGACCGCCAGCGAACUGCUGCUCAACAAAAUGUUCUAUGAUGAGGAGCUGGAGAACUCUGAGCGUUUCUAUAAAUCGCAGCCGCUCGGGCUCCAGCUGUGUUAUGCUCUCUAUAACCUGCUGGUGGCGCACUCUGAGAUGGUCUGUUUCCUGGUCAUCAUCCUCAACCACAUGAUCUCGGCUUCCAUGGUGACUCUGGUGCUGCCCAUCCUCAUCUUCCUGUGGGCGAUGCUCUCUGUUCCUCGGCCCAGCAAGCGUUUCUGGAUGACGGCCAUCGUGUACACAGAGGUCACCAUCGUCAUCAAAUACUUCUUCCAGUUCAGUUUUUUCCCAUUCAACCAGAACCUGAAAGUCAAUGAGGGGAAGCCAUACCAUCCGCCCAACAUCAUCGGCACAGAGAAGAAGGAAGGAUACGUGCACUAUGACCUGAUUCAGCUGCUGGCGCUGUUUUUCCACAGAUCCAUACUAAAGUGUCACGGUCUCUGGGAUGAAGACGACCCUAAAGCGUCCCAUAAGGAUGAGGGUCUUCAUCGAGACGAUUCUGUGGACGAGGGGAAGAUGGCGGUGGCGAUUCCAGCUGAAGAAGAGAAGAAGAGUUCUCCAGCGUACUCGCUCAAGUCCGUGAACCUCGGCAGGUCCGUGGACUCGUCCCAGGUCCAUGUGCAGAUACUUUACCCCGAGCAUCGGCCUCACCUGCGACGGCAGAGCACUUGCGGAUCUCACCUGUCCCGCCGCUCAUCUGUGCGCUCCAAACGCGGCAGCACAAGCACACGGAACAGCGUUCAUAGAGAAAACAGCAGCACAGAGCCAGAAGUACCACAGAAGAGCCGCAAAGAACUGAUUAUGGAGAAGAUCCGAGAGCAGCUCAUCAAAGCAAAGGUUUAUGUGAUCAAAAAACUGGUUGAGUUCUAUCAGCCCAUCCGUCAGUUCUUCUAUAACCUGAUCCACCCGGAGUACAACGCCGUCACAGACGUUUACGUCUUGAUGUUUCUAGCAGACACUGUUGAUUUCAUCAUUAUUGUCUUUGGCUUCUGGGCAUUUGGGAAACACCAGGGAGGUGCUGACAUCACAUCCUCGCUGUCUGAAGACCAAGUUCCCGGGCCGUUCCUCGUCAUGGUGCUCAUCCAGUUCGGCACGAUGGUGGUGGAUCGCGCCCUGUACCUCCGCAAGACAGUGAUGGGAAAAGUGAUUUUCCAGGUCGUCCUGGUGUUCGGCAUCCAUUUCUGGAUGUUUUUCAUCUUACCAGGAAUCACAGAGAGGCGCUUCAGUCAGAACCCGAUCGCUCAGCUCUGGUACUUUGUGAAAUGCAUUUACUUCGGCCUGUCAGCGUAUCAGAUCCGCUGUGGAUAUCCGACUCGCAUCCUGGGAAACUUCCUCACCAAGAGCUACAACUACGUCAACCUCUUCCUCUUCCAGGGGUUUCGUCUGAUCCCGUUCCUGACGGAGUUGCGUGCGGUGAUGGACUGGGUUUGGACGGACACGACGCUCAGCUUGUCUAGCUGGAUCUGUGUGGAGGACAUCUACGCUCACAUCUUCAUCCUCAAAUGCUGGAGGGAGUCCGAGAAGCGUAACCCUCAGCCACGCGGCCAGAAGAAGAAGAAGGUCGUGAAGUAUGGAAUGGGCGGCAUGAUCGUGAUGCUCCUGAUCUGCAUCGUUUGGUUCCCGCUGCUCUUCAUGUCUCUGGUCAAAUCUGUGGCAGGAGUGGUCAACACCCCGCUGGACGUGUCCGUCACGCUCACGCUGGGAGGACUUCAGCCGAUCUUCACGAUGAGUGCCCAGCAGAACCAUCUAAAAACUGUGUCUCCUGCAGAGUUUGCCGAGUUUGUAAAAAAAUACAGCUCUGAUGCAAAUGCCUUGCAGUUCCUGGAGUCUUAUAUUCCUGAGGAUUUGACCAUAGCCCAACUAGAAGGAAGUUCGAACUCGCUCUGGACCAUCAGCCCCCCGAGCAAGGAGAACCUCAUUAAAAUGCUCAGUAAAUCAACUGAGACGUUCCCUCUCACCUUCGCCUGGUCCAUACAGAGGAACCUCAGUCUAGGUGCCAAAGUUGAAACUGCAAUAGGAAAACACUACAUUGACUUGGACGAAAUUACCAGAAGUAAACUAACAAAUCUACUGAAUGGAACCGAGCAAAAAGAAGUGAACAUCACAAACAUUUUUCCAAGAUACAUCAGAGCACCGAGCGACUCCAAUGCCAAGCCUAUUGAGCAGCUUUACCUCGGGAAACAAUACAUGAACAUCACGCUGUCCUUACAUAAAUCCAACCAAAAUAGCACAGAAGGCCUCCAGGAGUGGUGGAUCGUGAAACAGAUGGAAAGAGGGCCUAUAUCUUUGAAGGAUGGAAACGAAUCUGGUCUGGAGCUCUACAUCAUCAGUGACCAAGUCAGUCCACCCAGUCUGGGCUUUCUGGCUGGUUAUGGGAUCAUGGGUCUGUACAUGUCAGUGGUUCUGGUUAUCGGGAAGUUCGUGCGCGAGUUCUUCAGCGGGAUCUCUCACACCAUCAUGUUCGAAGAGUUGCCCAAUGUGGACCGGAUCCUCAAGCUCUGCACCGACAUCUUCCUGGUCCGAGAGACAGGGGAACUGGACCUGGAGGAAGACCUGUACGCCAAACUCAUCUUCCUCUACCGCUCUCCAGAAACCAUGAUCAAGUGGACCAGAGAGAAGAGUGAGUGAGUGAGGAUGAGGACGCUGACCUUCGGAGGAACUCCAUGAGAAGCGUAAAGCGGGAAUUGUGCCUCCUUCCCAAAGAGCACAGUUGAAUUGAACCAGAGAAGCUUUGCUCUUCAUGUUAACUGAUGAAACGUUAGCACUCGUGUAGUUUUCAUCCAGUGGACGUGCACUUGCUAGUGUUUUUUAAGGGCUUGAUAAGUGAACUUUAGGGCUUCCAGGCAUGCGCCACUUUGAUACGACUCUCGUCUUUGGGAGUGCAUGCGACGUUAUGGACAUAGACGAGAAAUACUCAACCUACUACAGACUUUGGGCUUGAUUUUUAACUUCUCUCGGAAGGUGAGAAACUGAAGCCCUGUAGGUGGCGCUGUGAAUUUCGUGACAAUCUCUAUUUGCCUUAUUUCAUUAGUACAAUCAACUAGACGCAUCAUUAUCCACCACCUUUCUCAGGAAUACAUUCGGAUCAUUUCAUCACGACGGGAUCUCAAGCUUUUUUCUCAUGUACAACAAAGUGUGAAGUGGAGCGUACGCAACAGUAAUAACUUCACUCCUUGGGGACUUUAAGGAGAUCAUCUGUCAUUUAUGAACACAGAUUAGGAAAGUGUGAAGGACGUUUAGUGUUUUUAUAAGGCUUGAAGUAUUAUGUCUUUUCAAAGUGAAUGGGAGAUUGUUUUCACAUUACAAUUAAUGAUUGAUCAGUUUCAGCGGAUCUUGUUAUCUAAGAGCCUCAUUUCAUGAAAUAGAAAGAAUUUGAAUGUGUUUUCUGUGUACAUUUCCUCAUACGUCCAAAUGGUUUUAUGAAUGGUUUACAUAUAAAUUAGUUCAGAAGGAAUUUCGAAUGUGUCUGUGUACUGUACAUUUGUUUGUAAAUUCAAAUGAUUUUAUGAAUGAUUUACAUCGAAUGACUAAUUUUUGAAUGUGUUUCUUCAUAAAUUUUCUAAAUUAUUUACUCUGAAAUUGGUUCAGAACUAAUUUUUGAAUGUGAUUCUAUGUAUAAAUCCAAAUUAUUUUAAGAAUCAUUUAUUCAGAGCACAUUUUGAAUGUUUUUGUUUAUAUUUUUGACGUGCACAGUUAUUGUUCAGAACCAUUUUUGAAUGAAUUUCUUCGUAAAUCCAAGUUAUUUCAUUGAUGAUUUACACACAUUUGUUCAGGACAAAUUAAGAAUGCAUUUCUUUUUCAUAAAUCCAAAUAAUUUUAUUUAUGAUUGGCGUAAAUUUGUUUAAAAUGAAUUUUAAAUGCAUUUCUGUAUGCAUUUUUUAAUAUAUCCAAAUGAUUUAAUGAUUGAUUUACACAGCCAUGUGUUUAGAACCGAUUUUGAAUGUGUUCUUAUGUAUGUUUCUUCAUAAAUAAUUCAUAAAAUAAUUUGGAUUUAAAUAGAAAUACAUUCUAAAUACAUUUUUGGUGUUCCUGUGAAAAUUAUUUGUCAUAAUUCUAAAUUAUUUUAUUAAUUAUUCACACAAAAAUUGUUUUUGAAUGCAUUUCGAUGUACAUUUCUUCAUAAGUCCAAAUAAUUGUAAGAAAUAUUUACAUAGAAAUUCAUUCAGAGUGAUUUUUUUAUGUUUAUUUAAUCGUAAAUCCAAGUUAUUUUAUGAAUGAAUCACACAGAAAUUAGUUUAGAAUGAAUUUGAAUGCAUUUCUUCAUAAAUCCAAUUAAUUUUCUGAAUGAUCUACAGAGAAAUGUAUUCAGAAAUACACAGAAUUCAUGGAAUUUCAAUUGUUUGCUAAACCAUUUUCACAGUGCAACAAUAACGUACUGUAAAAUGGUUUCUGAUCAUUGUGCCUCAUUCAUGCAACACAAACAGAAUGAACAUUUUCGUGUUUCAGAAAUCAAUAUUUCGUGGAAACAUUUGACUUGUGGUGAAAAUGAAUAAUGGAUAUUAGUUAUAAACAGGUAGUCUACAUCCUUGAAGGCAUGAGAGUUAUUAAAUAUGCAUCGCCAGGCCUGUUGUACUCGUCAGAAAGUUGUUUGUACAUGAGGAAGAAUCUGACUCACAUUUGUACUACGUACUUAUAUUUAUUUGAGCAAUACGACAGGCGGGUGGACCAUAAAGGACAUGAAAUCCAUUUUUAUCCAACACCUUUGGCAUCCAUUCUCAGGAAGGAGCUUUCUAUGAUCAUGGACUCUCAGAUGAACCGCUGGAGUCUCUGCUAGGCUGUAGAUUUACAAUGGGAUCAUGUGCAUCAUAUUUGACUAUCAAUGUGAGCUCCACGCCGACGGAUCGUGUUGUGCUGAUGCUUGAGGAGAACAUUGAAUAUUGUUUUUGAGUCCAUCUCUGAACUAUGCAUUAAAGACAAUGUAGCAUGAAUG